GCCUACUUGAGUUCUCAAGUCAAAGUUGAGGAUUUCAAAAACAGGGAAGUCUCAGCGAAACUAGUAUUUCACGAACUGAAGAAAAUACUUUCUGAACUAGAGAAGGAUUUGAAAACCUAUCCAGACCGUAUCAAGGAAAUCGAGAAGAAAAUUGUGCUGCGGGCCAAGGAAGUAGCCGACUUUCAGGAACUAGAAGCCGGAGCUAGGCGCUAUCUGGAAAUAGAAGAGACUCAGCUGGGCCCACUGAACGAUGAACUGAAGAUUGUGAACAACCAUUUCGAGAAGUUUAUUUCCAUGAAAAAACGAGAACUAGAUGACAGGAGGAAGAACAACUCCCUAGCCAAGUUCCUAUCUGAGAGGGAAUCCCAUGGGUUCAGUUUUACUGGAAGCUCAAGCAUAACCGAGAUGAAGAUGCUGGCUAGAAACAAAGCGCUAGUCAGUGCGCAGGAUGCCCUGAUCAGUCUCAUGGACGCUAUGAUAGUCAAUGAUGUCAGGUUUGUUGUAGACUGCAUUCUAGACCAAGAGGACGUGUCCAGGCUUCUGAAGACGGAAAAGCGCGACCGACUGGCUGAGAACACGUUCCUGAAAGCCGAGCUGGCCCGCAUGCAGCACAACAACGAAGUGCUCAAGUAUGAUGACGUCAAGCAGGCCAGGAUACGGGCAGCCCGGGAGGAGGCACUGAAGCUGGAGCUCCGGGAGAAGAAGCGUUUUGAAAAAGUUGAUGCCAACUUGAGGCACCAGGACAAGCUGCUGUCCGACUUGUCACUGGCGCUCCACGCCAUGUUUGAGAGGCUUCGUCCCGUCAAGCUUGCCGAUGCGAUCAACACGUACCAUGGCAAUCUAAUAGAAGACAUUCAAAAUUUCACCACCAAGCUACUAAAGAUGCGGUCUUUGAUCGAGGAGAGGACUAUACCAGUGGGCCGUGUCAAGCCAUUAAUGCUUCGCUUGUUCAAAGAGAAGAGAAUCCCCGGAGAUUACGCCAGAGUGGAGUUUGAGAAGGCUGGCUUAGCUGGGCAGAUACAGGCACUGGAAGUGUUCGAGUCCGAUCAGCCCGGAUACACUUCACGAGACAUGCUGAAAGCUCGAGCUGAGGAAGUUGUGGCUAAAAACAAGAAAAUCAAAGCACCGUAG